GUGCGGCGGGCCGCUGAAUUAUAACGUCCGACUUUUCGCAGACCUCCAUUGUUUUAGCCAUUGCGGGUGCAACCUAGAGAGGCCCUAGUCUACAGUUGGUCAUGGCCUCAUCCACCGCCGCCAUUGCCGUCCCGCCGUCCUCGGCACUGAUCGACGGGAAGUCCGGCCGACCGCAGGUGGCGGCGCCUCCACAGUGCCUUCCCUCCCUCACCCCUUCCCCGAUUCGACUUCAGGGAUGGAAAUCCAUGGCCUCUGGGCGAAGGAUGUCCCGCAGCACGGUUGUGAUGGCCACUGGAGAGCCACCUGCAGAAGCUGGGACCGAUAUCUCAAGUAUCACCAAACCCAUCCAGGAAGCAUGGGACAAAAUCGAUGACAAGUAUGCAGUUGCAUCGCUCACGUUAGCUGGACUCAUUGCAAUUUGGGGAUCAACUGGACUCAUUUCUGCAAUUGAGAGGCUACCUGUGGUUCCCGGUGUUCUUGAACUUGUAGGAAUUGGUUACACAGGAUGGUUCAUUUAUAGAAACCUCGUCUUCAAACCGGACAGGGAGGCAUUGUUUGAUAAGAUCAAGGGCAGCUACGACGAGAUAACAGGCAGCAACUGAGAACCUCAAGUUGGGUGCUGAGAAGAGCAUGAAAGAAGGGCAUUUCAGGCAAGGAGGCACCACCAAGUUGCAAAGAAGACUGAUGAGAUGAAGUCAUGUGGAACGUCUAAGAAGAUGAUCGAUUAGAUUUUAGUUUGACAGACCGUUACUGCAACUUAUUCUUCUAGUAAUCUUCUUCAAGCAACAUGAUGCAACCAGAGCCCUUUGUCAUCUUUCCUUUGUAACUUCGUGCAACCUAUGGCACAAGCAUUAUUGCAUCUAUAUUAUAUUUUCAUCCCUA